ACACCAGACCACCAAGGGGAAGGAAUGGAGUCAACGUUGUAACGCUGUCAUCAUCGCUUGGUCGCGUUUGAAAAAGGAUCAGGAUGCGAGGAACUCAUUUGCCUCAAAUCCCCCCUUUUUAUAAGGAUAUUGGAAUUGGAAGGAACCUGCUUUAAAGAAAGUACUUGAAAGGGAUAAAAGGAAGUGAGAGCAACUCAGAAUUCACUUCAAAUCCUUUCCAGUCACGCUAACGUUUUCGCUAGCCUCCAUUUGCGUGUCUGGGGUUGUGCUCGGCCAAACAUAUUGCCCAUCCAUCCGGAACUACAGCAUAUAAAGCACUUCUACUUCCUGAACAAAAGAGACUGGGGCAAAAGGGGUUUCAGGCUGGAGCAUGUCUUGGUAUUCUGCUUGUUCAGCCUUUCACCUUAUCGGUCUUCUUGGCUGCAUGUUCAACAAAUUAGCUCAGGAUACAGGAGAAGACGAACACUGAAUUGUGCGCCAAAUGGCAGCCUAUUCCCUUUAUAAUGCACUUAUUUUGACCAGGGCGCAUGGGGCUCUGGUCAAAAGUAGUGCACUAUAUAUAUAGGGAAUAGGGUGCCAUUUGGGAUGCAUUCUAGGUCUGAGUCUGGCUUUCAUUUACAUUCUUGCUGAUUUCUAGUUUCUUUUCAACUAAAAGGGGUAAAGAGAGAGGGAAUUCCAUGGGGCUUUAGAAAGAGAAAAUACCAGGAAUUACUCUCAAGCAACACAAUCCUCGAGUUGAGAUCCACAGGGGAUCAGGCCUGCACAGCUGUGUGGUGUGGUGUUUUAUUGUGUCGUCCUCUCAUUUAUUUUGAUUACCACCAUGUGUCAUUGAAACGGCGUCCAUUGGGGCUCCCUGUGUCAGAAGUCUUCGACUGACACCCACACAGGUCCCGUAGGGGAUGAGUGUGAAAUCUGGCAACUGGGAGGAAUGAGCGACUCAUCAGCCGUCAAUCUUGGGGAUUGAGUGAGACUUAAUGAGAUGUGUCCACAGGAGGGGGCCUGAGGUGAACACGGUUGCAGCGUGUCCUGUGGAGGCCUGUCUGCCUGUCUCUAUGAUGUGUUACACAGUCCAGUGGAGCCGAGAGGGUUGUAAUGUAUCACACACAAAACCCCAACAGGGCCCUGGUCUGCUUUUCAUUAAGACGGUGGUCUACCAGAGCUGGGCUGACUACAUCCAAAAUAUAUCCAGACUUUCAUAAGUUCUUCCAUGUCACCCCGUUCAUCCGUACACUCCAUUGGCUUCCAGUCGAAGGUGGCAUCCACUACAAGGCUUGUCUACAGAGCAGCAGGGGAACUUCCCCUCCCAGGCUAUGCUCAAACCCUACACCCCAACCCUGAAGCAACACUGAACCAUGCGUGAGAACACCAGCUGUUCUGGACGACUGUGUGAACAUGCUCUCCAUAGCCAAUGAGUUGGACAAUAAGCGGCUCAGUCAAGACCCCUUCAAACAGAGCACAUGAGCACCCCCUGGUGGCAUUGACAAGCAUAACACCUGUGAUCAGAGACGUGGGGAAAGAGAACCACUACUUGACUCAGCUGCAACUAACACCUUCUUGUCUAUUGGAUUAUAGUUCUGUCAUUCUAUGGAGCGAAACUCACAGAGAGCCCCCAUACCAACUGGUAUUGAUUGGUAACUGAAGCAUGACAAGUUAAACUAUGCGUUAAUUAAUACCUAGAAUAAGGUAUUAAAAAGUCAACCAAAGAGUUCACUAAAGAAGACUUAACAAACAACAGAAACAUGGAGAUGGAAGCCUCCCGUGCUGCUUACGCUGGGACCUUCCCCACUGAAUCUAUAGGCUCUCUACCCACCAACACCUCCUCUCCAAGCCUGCUCCAUUUCUUCUGGGAUUACCAGAACAAUGAUGUCAUUGUGACGCACUACAACUACACAGGCAAGCUCCAGACAGACCGGUAUCGUGAAGGGUUAAAACCUGAAGCCAUAGCCUUCCUGGUAGUGUGUCUUCUUAUCGUCCUGGAGAAUGCUGUGGUUCUAAUAGCCAUCUGGACCAAUAAGAAGUUCCACCUGCCCAUGUACUAUCUCCUAGGUAACCUGACUCUGUCAGACCUCCUGGCCGGUGUCACCUACAUGGCCAAUAUCAUCAUGUCUGGUCCUAAUACACUGAGACUAACUCCAAUACUCUGGUUUCUGAGGGAAGGAGGCGUCUUUAUCACAUUAGCCGCCUCCGUCAUCAGCCUAUUGGCCAUCGCGAUAGAACGCCACGUUACCAUGGUGACAAUGAAACCAUACCACGGGGCAAAGAAGGGUCGGCUGCUGGCUCUGAUCGGGGGCAGCUGGGCGUUAGCAGGGCUGCUGGGGGUGCUCCCCGUCCUGGGCUGGAACUGUAUGGGUCGCCUGGACCGCUGUUCCACGGUUCUCCCGCUCUACGCCAAGUCGUACAUCCUGUGCUGCGUGUCCGUGUUCAGCGGCGUGCUCCUCGCCAUCGUCGUUCUCUACGCCCGCGUCUUCCGUAUCGUGCGCACUAACACCCAGCGCCAACGCCUCGGAGGAGCAAAGGGAAGCCUUCGCAAAGGCCUCGCCAGGAAAUCCCAGAAGUACAUGGCGCUCCUCAAGACAGUCACUAUUGUACUCGGCGUCUUCAUCGCUUGUUGGUUGCCGCUCUUCCUCCUCCUCGGCUUAGACUCAUUCUGCCCUGCCCGCCGCUGCCGACUGCUCCUCAAGGCGGACUACUUCCUGGGCGUUGCCAUGGUGAACUCGCUCCUCAACCCCAUAAUAUACACCCUGACCAGCAAAGACAUGCGUCGCGCUAUUUUAAAACUGCUCUGCCGCCCGUGUCUCAUGACCAAGGACGGGCAGGUGAAGAGGAUGGGGGUGCCGUUCCUGGAGUGUAGCUUCAGUAAGACAGAGGUGGCAUCGAAGAAGCUGGAAGGCCUGGAGACGACGAUCUCCUCUGGGAACAUCGUCACGGCUCAGUCACCCAUAAAGACUCUCUACCCCAAGCUCUUCAAGGUCUAAAGAGCGUAAUGUGGAUAGCUCUGUGAUGGACAGGGAACUAACUCCCUAUGGAAGAUGGACAACAUAAGUUCUCCAUAUGGCCUCCUGAAAAGACAGACCUGAAGGACCCUUUGGGCAGCUCUGUGUUUAAGAGAGUAAACCAUAGAAUUACGGGCUUUGUCCCUUCCAGUAAUUGUAUUUCUAUGGAGUGAACUUCAUAUUGAAGUGGUGGACAACAGGAGUGCUCAAUUUGGCCACCUGAAAACUGCAUUACUUCCUGUUUGGCAACUCAACUCCAAUGGCCUCCGGCAGACUAGCCUACAUCUAUAGCUCUCUUCUGGCCAAUGAACUAAGCCUACGAGCAAACCCUCAAAAAGACAGGUGAAUGAUCUAUGAUUGCGACAGAUAUAGCUACAGGUGUUUUUAAUGAGAGCAUCAAGUUCAGACAUAUCUCUCUUCAGCAAGUCUGUAGUGGUGCACUUGCAGCAAUAUCACCACAUCAAAAGACUGAUGUUGUAAGAAUGAUGACUAAACAUCAAGCCAGGUGGAAGAAAUGAAAAUGUGAAUUAAGCAACUCUUCUGGUAUUCACAAAAACCUUCCAGAACUGAUUUGCACUAAGUUAACUCUUCAUUGAGAGCCAUGGAUUAAGAUGGGACAUUCUGUUCUAGAACUAAGACUGUAAACUGGACAUUCUGUUCUAGAACUAAGACUGUAAACUGGACAUUCUGUUCUAGAACUAAGACUGUAAACUGGACAUUCUGUUCUAGAACUAAGACUGUAAACUGGACAUUCUGUUCUAGAACUAAGACUGUAAACUGGACAUUCCAACCAUGUUGAGUUGUUGUGGCGAGUGCGCCUCGGUUUACUUCACCCAAAGUUUUCUAUGUUGUUGUUGUUGUUGUUUGAAAUGCCUUAAAGAAGGAAUAAUAUGGACAUAAUAAUAAUAUGCCUGUGGACACCUGGACUUCGCUGGCUCGAAGGUCCAUGGUGUGCCUGCCUGUGUCCCAAAUGGCACCCUAUUCCCUAUACAGUGCACUACUUUUGACAUUUGGGGUACACUCCGAGACGCCGGUUGUGAUAACCCCAUACAGCUACACAGUGUGCCCAAACAGAAGCCUAUACAGGAAGUGGAUGCUGUGUCGUUCACCCACCAGUUGCUCUUUGAAACACAAACACACAAUGGAAACCUACGCAUGCACCUAAACAUUGUGGUACCUGGAUGUGGAGGGAGAUGUCAAACAAUAUUAAGAUCACAGGAUGCUGGUGAGGGGAGGACGGCUCAUAAUAAUGGCUGGAAUGGAAAAAAUGGAAUGGUGUUAAAAGUCAUAUAAACGAAGUGUUUUAAACCGUUCCAUUAAUUUUGUUCCAGCCAUCACUAUAAGCCCCUCCUCCCCAAUUAAGGUGCCAUGAGCCACCUGUGACUAAGAUUAUAAUUUGAGUAGAAAAUCUCCACACUGUUUUAGUGGCAUUGUAGCUGUAGCUGUUGUUCUGGGCUUACUCAGUCAAGUAGAAACUAUCUGUUAGUUCCUGAUUCGAAUUCAUAUUUUAAAUGCCAUCACACACACUACAAUACAAAAACACUACUAUAAGAAAGCCACCAUGAACCCAACUACCUGCAGCUCUAAUCAGUGAUGGACUUCUUCCCCAAGCAAAGGACUUCAUGCAGUCCUUCGUGUUCCUCUUGUGUUAGUUAUUGUAUUGAUACGAACCGUCUGUUGCACUUGGGGGUCUCUGUUUUGAAGACCGUGUUAUAACUGAUGAAACAACAGAUCACCAGGUUACCAUCCUAACCUGCUAGUCGGCAUCAUCCAGCUGCAUUGGCUGUUUGGUAACGUUAGACUAGAACGUGCUUGUCGGCUAUAAAUCAAGAUCAAAGUGGUAAGAUACACAGAUGUAUACAGUGGGAAGAUACACAGAUGUAUACAGUGGGAUGAUACACAGAUGUAUACAGUGGGAAGAUACACAGAUGUAUACAGUGGGAAGAUACACAGAUGUAUACAGUGGGAAGAUACACAGAUGUAUACAGUGCAAUUCUAAGUUACAAACCCAUUGACACAUCUGUUAUUUCUGGCUUUAGAGAGGCUUUUCCUAUACAGUCUAUGGACCUGAAUGUAUAUUUUUCUACGUUUCAACUGGUAAUGUCAUGUAGCAAAUCCAAAAUAAAUUGUGUUCUGUAUUUGGAUGGAUGAGAAGGUGCACCAUACGUUUGUACUGCGUGUUGUGUAUUGAGCAAUUUAUUUUUGUAUUUCUAAAGGAAUUUGUUAGGGCUUGUAUUUUGUCUUUUUGUAUUUGUCUUUUUUUUUACUGUCUUUUUGUACUACCAAGGUUCUACCAUUAUUAAAACAACUGUUUUCUGAAAAAUCUGAUUAUAAAGUAGGUGUUCACUCUGCAGGAUUAUGCACAGGUGUACAGAGCCUUCAGAAAGUAUUCAAACUCCUUUUCCAUAUGUUGUUGUUACAGCCUGGAUUUAAAAUGGAUUCAAUUGAGAUUUUGUGUCACUGGCCUACACACAAUACACCAUAAUGUCAAAGUAGAAUUAUGUUUUACUAAUUCAUUCCAAAUGAAAAGCUGAAAUGUCUUAAGUCAAUAUGUAUUUUACUCCUUUGUUAAGCCUAAAUAGGUUCAGGAGUCAAAUUGAGCUUAACAAGUCACAUGGACUCUCCAAUAAAAGUGUUUAACAUGA